AUGUCCUCCCGUACCUCAACCUCAUCUCCCGACAUUCUUGGUCCAUCUGGCGACGCCGAUUAUCUGGUCUCCUCCCCCUUGAAACCCUUUCCGCCACGCCCUACCUUUAUGUCGCCCGCCAAUCUUAAACUUCUUCAGACCCCCGGCUCCGUCAAGGCCAAGACGUCACGGUUCAGUCCCACGCCCGCCAAAAGCGCCCACUCCAUCCGCUUCGAUGAUGUUUUACUCCCUGCCUCUCCUGCCAUGAAGUUCGCCGCGGGUCAGCGGUCCUUGUCUCCGGACAAGGGUGCCGAUGGCAAUCAAAGUCCCUGGAGGAUUCGCGUCACGCUGGAGGCCACGCAGGAUGAGGACGCCGCCCAAGGGAGUCCCGCGCGCAAACGCGCCCGUCAGACUACUAUGACUACCAAAGUUCCCCUCAAAGACGAAUCCGAACAGACGCCCCGACGACGCCGAGGUCGCCCCCGCAAGUCCGAUGCGCUCGAGCUCGCCCAGACCCCAACCCCUGCUCCUGUCCCAGGCAGUCCAGGACACACCCCAGGCCCGGCAGGUUCAAGUGGUCAGAAGAGGAAGCGAGGUCGGCCAAAGAAAUCUUCACCGCUGGUUGACUCGGUGGAGACUGCAGACGAGCCGGAAACUCUGGCGCACGAUCACCACCCGGAACGUCCACGCUCCGCUGCGGAGCCCAAUCCUGACCCCAUUGUUGAGUCUGGCCUGGAGUCCACUGCUGAACCCGCGCGAAGUUGGAGUCCUCUGAAUCUCGCAGCUGAUGAUGAUUUUGACGAUGAACUGCCCGAUGCGCCUGCUCUCACCGAUCCCUUUGCGUUGGGCGAGCAGCCCCACGAGCCGGCUGAUGCCAAUCAACACCGUAGUUCUCCGCGCGCCGCGUUUGAUACGCCUAAUGUGAAUGGGGUAGACGACGCCUACCUACGGCUUGGUGAACCAAACUUGAACUCGACCCCGUCAAAAAUACCAUCACCUCCUAGAGAGGACCACGCCUCCCCAGACAACACCCUACAUGCCGGUCACACUCCGAUGCCGCCACGACGCUAUCCAACCCCGACAUCCUCGUCGCAAGUCGGCGACGAUAGACCAGAACGCAGUGAUAUCCGUGAUGCGGCUUCAUCGCAUGCUCCUGCCUCCGCAUCAAACGACCCAACAGACGAACACCGCGAGUUCGAUUCGAUUAUGGAGAGCGAAGGAUUUAGCAUGGUUUCACUCGAUACUCUGCCAUCUGCCAAACAGCAUGCUCUCAGUGUGAAUUCUCAGCCAAAGGUGAACAAGGGAUCCUUGAAACCUUUCAUGGGCCGAGAGAAAACUACGGUCUCGAAACGAAGAUCCCCGCUUGCGCGAGUCGAUGACAACCAUGUCUCAAAUGCGCAGGGAUCUUUGUCGCCAGCGGCGGAACAACGCCAGUCCCAUUCACGGUCGCAUUCGAACUUGUCCAACCCUCCGGUAGUAUAUCCGUCGCUGCCAAGCCAACAUAGUUCUCCGAGGAUUCCGCGAUCAUCACCUCGUCCAGCUGCCAACCUUCGAACAUCACCUACAGUUGCGACACGGCAGAACCCGCUGGCGAGAUUAGUGAAGCUGGUCCGCCUAGGCAUAGCGCUCGAAGGUGUGCUGAGGAAUUCGUAUGAUGCUCCCGAUGUGACAGAUUUGAAUGCGAUACAAGAACAAGGCGUGGAUUUGGAGGCUCCGAGACAGCGCUUGGAACGUCUUUUCAUGGAGCAUAAACCAGAAAUCCAGCGACGACUCUAUGCGGGUCUGGAACUGGCCCACGAGCUUGCCCAGAGACGGAUCCUGAACGAAUUCGCGGAAGCCAGGGACAGGGAAGCGAUCACUGAUCGUGCGAUCGAAGAAGACAGAGCAGCCUCCAGAUCUCCGACGCCGUCGGGAGAUCUCGAUGAGGUCCCUGUUAAUGAUACGCCGGGCUCUGAGAUGAAGCGACGAAUGGAAGAGUGGCAGCGGGAGAGAGAAGCCAUCAGUCGGGAAAUCCGGAUGGCAAACUCGAGCCAAGUCAUUGUAAUCGAUAGCGAUGACGGCGGCGGUUCAAGCCCGCAGGCUGGUGGGGAUUACUAUGCAGCAGAGGUUGAAUCUGAGCAAGAAUCUGAUCCUGGAUCGGAAGCUCCGCGGGAGCCAGAGGAGGUGGAGACCUAUGAGCAAGCUGAGGAAGAGGACGACGGAUACGAAGAUAUAUGGCAGCUGGAAGCGCACGACCAAGGCAACCAGUCGGAUCAUUCUCCUGCGGCCGAUGAGUACCAGGAGGACGGUCAUGAUAGGCAGGAGUCGAGCCCGUGGAAGAGCAGUGAACGUGGGAAGCUUUCUUCUCCUGCAUACUGGACCAACGAUCACGACAAAGUCCCGUUCCUGGGCCCGUCGAGGAUCCGAGAACUGCGGGAGCAGGACGUAGAUCUGUCUGGUUUACUCCGCGCAGAGCAUACACCCAACCGCUCACGCUAUUAUUAUGGGAAGAGUAGCCCGUUUAGUGCUACAAAUGGACGCUCCCCGGAUCGGUCUCCGUCAACGUCGGAAUCCCGUGGAGAGGAAGCGGCAGAGCCUGAAGAUCGGGCUGAGGUCGACAUCAAAUCGGACAACUACUUGGACACGAGCCCUCAUCGGGGCUCUGAGGAUGACUUCCAGAUCGACCCAACUACGCGAUUUGAGAAUGCCAUGGAGCGUGCUGAUUCGCCUGCUGAUGAGAGCAAGGAGAGCGAGCAGAGCGAGCAGAGCGAAGACGGGCAUGUUCCGAAUGCCGCCCCAGCCGAGCACCCCUCUGUGCACCAGACCGUGGACACGACACCCCAGCGGCCACCGCACGGAAGUGGAGAUGCACCGGCAUCAACCUUGUUCCAGAGGAUCGCUAGUCUUACUCCUGCGUGGCUGCGAGCCCCAAAUAGGAAGCAAGUUGAGCGACCAAGUCAGCCAUCCGAGGAAAGUGAAUCCGACAACGACUACGAUGCGGAGGAGCCCAACGGAAACCAUACCAAGGAGGAGAUUCGUUCGGAAGAUCUGGGAGAGUGGGAAGACACGCCGAGACCUCCGCGUCGAUCCAUUGAGCUCGCUCGGGAACAACGGAGCUCCUCUCGCCCCAGUUCAGGCAAACAGUUCCACCAUGCACGCUCGUCCCCAGACGCCCGCAUCAAUAGUCCGACAUAUGAACGCCCACCGCCAAUGGCGAUGUCUGGAUACUUUUCCGACGAGCAUUAUUACCUCCUGCGACGUCUGUAUCGGAUGGCCAAAAAGCAUCCAGAGCGCUUCCCUUACUAUCCAGCCCCUGGCCGCAGUGAUAUCAUAGGAGACUGGAUAUGGACCUCGGAUGGCACUUACGGUGUCCCGAUUACAGAGCGUCAGUUUGCCAUCAUUGACCGCUUUGUGCAAGAACUAGCGAAACACGACAUACAAGCCGGAGGUACUGGUCAGGUUGGCUGGACUGAAGCCGAAUUACACAGACGACUGAUCAGUAUCAUCAUUGGAGAGCAGAUUCGGCUGGAGGCAAAGGAACAGCAACCGGAAGGACACUCUCAAGCCGAGCCUUCCAGAAUCAGGGGCAUUGCCAGUAGGUUGUGGCGCUAA